GUGAAAACAGACACAACAGCUAACCAAUCAGCAUUAUCUGAAGGCGGUGUCAUUUCUGAUUUUUCUUUUCAUUGACAUCUAAGCGGUUCAAUCAAAAUAACAUUUCAGGGAAGUUGUCCAAUUAUCCAGCUCAGUGGGCUGUCCUUGAGCGACCACCUCCUGUGCCAGCGACUCUGUCAGUGCGGAUUGUUUGUUGUCAUCAAGAUGGAGUUUUUACUGGGAAACCCGUAUAGCACUCCGGCUGGGCAGUGCAUAGAAAAGGCUACUGAUGGCUCCCUUCAGAGUGAAGACUGGGCCCUUAAUAUGGAGAUCUGUGACAUAAUUAAUGAGACAGAGGAAGGACCAAAGGAUGCGAUAAGAGCUCUGAGGAAGAGACUGAAUGGAAACAGAAAUUACAGAGAAGUAAUGCUUGGCCUAACAGUCCUGGAGACAUGUGUUAAAAAUUGCGGCCAUCGGUUUCAUGUUCUUGUAGCCAGUCGGGAUUUCAUUGAUGGAGUCCUGGUAAAAAUAAUCUCUCCCAAAAACAACCCUCCAGCUAUUGUGCAGGACAAAGUGCUUGCCUUGAUUCAGGCUUGGGCUGAUGCCUUCAGAAGUAGUCCAGACCUGACCGGAGUCGUCCAUAUUUAUGAGGAGCUGAAGAGGAAAGGGAUUGAGUUUCCCAUGGCAGACUUAGAUACACUGUCUCCAAUACACACACCACAGAGGUUAUGCACUGCGCAGAGUGAGCCGGAGGGGGAUCCUGCCACGAAUAUGUGCAUUUCCCAGUCUCAGCAAGGAAUAAACAGUGCCCCCUCCUUCACGUCUCCUCUGCCACCCACAUACGCAGCAACACAGGUGCCCGCCCUGCAAGUGACUGGACCCAUCAAUGCAAACUCAGAACAGAUCGCCAGGCUGCGCAGCGAGCUGGAUAUUGUCCGUGGCAACACCAAGGUGAUGUCGGAAAUGCUGACGGAGAUGGUGCCAGGCCAGGAAGAAACUUCAGACCUUGAACUCCUACAGGAACUAAACCGAACAUGUCGAGCGAUGCAGCAGAGGAUUGUGGAACUCAUUUCACGAGUGUCCAAUGAGGAGGUGACAGAGGAGCUGCUGCAUGUUAAUGAUGACCUCAACAAUGUGUUCCUCAGAUAUGAGAGGUUUGAAAGAUACAGAUCUGGACGAGCUGCCCAAAAUACUAAUAAUGGGGUACUAAGUGAAGUUACAGAGGAUAACUUGAUAGAUCUGGGCCCAGGAUCCCCUGCUGUGGUUAGCCCAAUGUUAGGAAGCACUGCACUGGCUACACAGCUAGCUGGACUAGGCCUGGGUAAAGACAAUGUCAGCAGGACCCUGAGCUCACUGCCAAGCUGCAAUCCUCAAGAUGAUUUUGACAUGUUUGCUCAGACGAGAACCAGCUCUUUGGCUGAUCAACGCAAAAACAUGAAGUAUGAAGACCCCCAAGCACUGGUAGGACUGGCUUCUGCUCUUGAUGUCCGACAACAGAACUCGGAAGGGCUGAGACUUAAAGGUGGUAACCCAGACAUGGAGCCAAUAGACAGCUGGCUUAUUACCCAAGGAAUGAUUCCUGUUGCGCAGUCCUCUGUCAUGGAUGACAUUGAGGAGUGGCUCUGUACCGACGUGAAAGGCGAUGAAGCAGAGGAAGGAGUAACUAGUGAAGAAUUCGACAAGUUUUUAGAAGAGAGAGCCAAAGCAGCAGAGGUGAUCCCCAGCUUGCCGUCGCCCCCUGCUGGUGAACCCAUGCCGGCUGCCACUACGAGCAGCAGCAGCAGCAGCCGCAAGAAGGCAGAGCACUCUGAGGACGCCCUCUUUGCUCUGUAAUCUGCCUCUGCAUCCCUCACCUUCCCCCUGUGUCCGGGGCAGAGCGCGGCUGUACAGAAAUACCACUGCUGCUGUUGUCAUCACAGCUAGCCAUGCUCCCCAUGCACACCCUACCGCCUUUUCUCUCUCCGAGCAUUUCCCUUUCAAGCAGUCUAACAUUUAACUUUAAAUCAAUAUCUAGGUGUAAAAGAAGAACAGAUUAAGAAAAAACCACUGCACACCCUCUUUGCAGUCCACCUUUUUCUCAAUGUAAUUAACCCAGAAGAAUUACUGAUAACUUUUAACAUUGAAAAUAUAUUUUUGUCCUGCAUGAAGUUGAUAUAUGCCCUUUUAAGUAGUUAUAUUUAACUCACAAUUUCUGUUCUAGAACUUAUUCCAUUCAACCAUACAUGUUUUUGUUUGAAUUAAUAUUAUUUUAGAUUUUGGGAGGAAAAAUGUAUGUUGAAGUAGGUGAGGGUAAAAGAGAUUUAGAGGCACUGGAUAGUUGUUGAGCACAGUGUACAGUUUGUUGGUAUCUAAGUUGGAUUGCAAAGUUAUCUUUACUUGGUUGAGCCUUUGCAUAAAGAAGCGUUUGCAACUUCUCGUGGUUUCCAGGAGUAGACGAGCAUUGAAAUAGGUUAUUCUGUUUCUCUCUCUUUCUCAUUUCAAUUAGCUUUUGAAUAUUACGCUAAUAACCAUUUGAUGAACAGUGCUGUAUGGCUAACUGAAAAUAUAGCCAUAAUACAGUCGCUUCAGUAGUUCAGAGCACUUUAAAAUCUAUUCAUAUUUUGAGUAUUCAUUUAAUUUAACAACAAUUUUGCAGUGUCAUAUUACGCUUAACAUGCAAGGCUGAAAGCCUAAUUCUGUCUGCUGGAUGAUUUGCUCUUCCCACUGGAAGCUGUAUGUAAUUAUUGAGAUUCAAGUGUCCUUAAAUAUAGGAAUUCAUAAACCCAGUCUAAGUGGAUGUAGAUUCAUCUAUUAAAAUUGGGCAAUUGGGGAAAGCAAAUGGACUACAUACACGGGUGCCGGCUGCAUAUGAUUUUGUUUCUGUAAAGUUUGAAUUUUGAUUAAAUAUUUCCCUUCAUACUGUUGCUCAUCAUUUUUCUGAAAGGUGAAAUAUACAGAAUGGGUUCACAGUUUUUUCCAGUGAGAUGUUGGAAAUGCCUAUCCAAAAUUCUCACCACUUUCAGAGUUUAAAUUAAAAUUAUUUUAAAUGGAUUCUCAGAUUUUAACAUAGCUACUACAGGCAAAUUACAUAUCCGUUAUUUCUGUGUAUUUGUAAGAGGGGGUUGUCAGUUUUAUCCCUAUUCAAGAUCACCUUGCCUGUGAUGUGCUUGAAUUGCUGUAGAUUUCUUUAGUACUCCUCUCCAUGUUUAUUCGCUACCACUUAAUACUGGCUGCAUUCAAAAGGUUUCUAUCUAAUAAUUUUGUUUGUUGCAGAGUUUCUGAGAAAAGGAACACCUGGAAGAAAUGAUCUCAUGGUAUAUAAUAUAGCCAGUAGCUUUUCCAGCACCUGAUACAGUUUACACAGGAAAAGUCUUAACAAAGACAAUUAUUCCAAGAAAGUUUCAACCCAGUUACAGAGGUACAUUUCCAGCAAUGGGAUCUUGUUUAGCUUGCAAACUGAUGCAUCCUUGUACUCCGUUAUUGAAGUCUGACUUCUGCAAAGUGGGACUGGUGUGUUCACAUUCCUUUUUGUACUCUACGCCCAGCUAUUCAAGGCACUAACACACAUGUACUAAUACACAGUGUUAACUACCUUGCUCAUGCUUUACUAAUAAGCUUUAUAUUCUUUCUUUGAAAUAUCCUAACCCUCUAUACAAACACUCAGCGGAAAUUCAGACUGGGUCAAAAAAAAUGACCACUCCAGAGGAAUUGGCAUCUGGCUACAGGGAAACCAAAAUGAAAAGGGAUUUCAAUUUUGGGAUUAGGAACUUUGUUCAAAGGAUCUUUUAACCUUGUAUAGUUGUACAUAACACUAACCGUAAAAUUGGUUAACAAAAUGUUCUUUACUAAGUGCAGAGAUCAGCAUUUAAUCAUACGAAACACUAAAAGUAUUGUAUCCAUAUUUUCACACAAACACAAACCAAGAGAAUUGUAGCCACUGACAAGCACAAUACUGUGGAUUCCAUAUCCAGAAGUUGUGCUCCUUGGUGGCUAAAGCUCAUUUUCUUGGUUAUAUAUGGAAAUGAAUACCUUUUUUUUUUUUUUUUUUUCCCAAUUUUUUUUUUUUUUUUUAAACAAUCUUCAAUCUCUUAUCAAAUAAUAUUGGAUAUUUUCUAAUAAGUACUAGAGCCUAAACAGACUAUUUAAAAAGGAUCAAUUCCAGAUGCAGGAGAACCUAAUUCACCAUUGUUCUGGCUUGGUAUGUCAGUUGGUUUGUGUGAAGUUAAGGUUUUACUUUCAUCAGUCGUAGACUCUGGGGGAAAAAUCGCAUUCAAACUAGUAUGAAAAUUCCUCAGCUUGUUGUAGUAAGCCAUUUAAUAUACUGUUUUUUUUUUGUUUUUUUUUUAAAGAUUGAAACUUUGUGAAUACAAUUUCAAAUCCUACAUAUGUUAACUUAUUGUAGGUCUAGAUGAGUAGCUAAUGCAUAUAUUUUAUUAAAAUGAGGUUGUUUCAUGUAAAGCUGUAAAUCUUUAGAGAUGAUUAACAGCCCUGUGGUUUUGUUACUCUGCUGUCAUUUUGUUUGUGAAUGUGUGUUUGUUGUCUGUUGUAGCUACCUUAGGCAAUUCACACUGAAUUUCAUAGCUUGUUUAUUCAACCCACAUGAAAAGAAAUGUUAUUAAAAUUCUUCAGCUAAGGUGGAUAGAUAUACAGUAGAUGUGUUACAGAAAAGCUAAAAGAUUUUUCAGUGAGUGAUUUACAUGUGUGCCCCAAACUAGACUCCAAGUAAUUUUAAAUUUCAAGAAGUCACUGGGGUUUUAGCAAACUAAUUCUAUUUGUUUUCCCAGAAAGCACUUUUUCCCUCUUAGGGAAACAUACUUGUUGAUAUAAAUAUGGCAUUUGUUGAAUAACUAAAGCAUGUUUGUAACAAAAUAUUUCUCCUAUAAACUAAAUUAGAUUAAAUUAUUGUUUUAUCUAUCUUUUUGACAACAAUAUUUCAAAAAAUACAAUUUCGGUUUACCUACAGUAAAUGUGUAUUAUGUAACUUUUUUUUGUGUGCACCAGUUGUAUCAAAGGAAACUGUCGCCAUGUUAACUUGGUUCAAUGUAAUUACAUUUUUGGUAAGCAGUUAAGCUUUUUACACUAAAGUUUAAGUAAUAUAGGAGCCUGCACUGAACCAGUGUGAGAAAGAUUGAUCGGAACUAGGGUGGCCAAAGAAAAGCACAACAUAAUAUACAUUUUUUGGUAAAUGGAAAUAUAGAAAAUGAUAUAUAAACUAAAGUAAGCGUCAUUUGCAGACAUUUCUUGUAAACUGUACACACCAGACUAUGAUUCAAGUGUUUUCCAGUCCAGUUCACUUAAUUUCUUGCGCAUAUAAUUUAACAGUAACAUCUGUGUAAUAGAUUAACUCUUUGUAUAUUGGAUGUAAGGGUUUCAGAGCAGGGGCUUAUAUUUAUUGAGUUGUGAAGACUCUGGGAAACGGUUUAAAGAGAAAGACCGAGUGUGUAAAGUCUUUUCCUUGAAUUCUGACCAUGCUUUCAGCUGGGACAAAGCCAGCGUUUGUGUGUGAGAAUGAUGCCUAUGUAUUUGUAAAAGCCUGUCUGUAAUAACGCUGUUACAGAUAUUAAGCUCUGUACUAUUCGACUCUUGCAUGUGUUAAAUUUCAAAUAAAACACUACCAGUGUGACCUGUA